CGAAGACUCGAGCCAUGCAGAGUCUGGUGGCGAUGAUCAACGAGAUCAUGUUCUCAGUAUCGAUGGAUGUCAGCAAGACUGACCCAGCCCACAAAAAUGAGAUGCAGAGUGUUCCCGCUACCAUUUACACCGAGAGCAUCCAUUACAAGACCAAAUACCUGUACAUGAUGGGCGCCAUCAUUUCGACCGUGGUCUGCAUCGCUUGCGUUCUUCCUACCUACUGGGGGUACUGGCAACUAGGCAGAAAGGUUGGUCUCGGGCCUUUCGAGAUCGCUCACGCAUUCAGAUCGCCCAUGACAGCACAAGCACCCAAUGCGACUAUCGACCAAGUGAUUGAGCGUGUCGGUCAUCAGAAGGUCCAAUAUGGACAAAUUGUCUCGGGCGAUGCGAGAGGAGUAUUUGGCAUUGCCGAGCCGGAGUAUGUUGCGGGCUUGACAACACAUUACUCUACACAAGAGUUGAGGGAUAAAUUCAUGCAUCGCAGCGCAACCAAGUAGACUUGAAGAACUGGGUGGUCUAGCAGUUUGAGAUCCUGGACUAAUGAAGCCACGAUGCCUACGAUGGAACACGGUUUACACUGCAGGGAGAGUCAACACAAGCGUGGGUAAGACCAGACAGCCCUGAAUUUCGAGCUUACGGACUCGCUUUACACUAGAGUCACGACCUUGAAGCAAAGCCAGUCCGCUUUGCCGGCCUGAUCAGCCUUUCA